AUGACUGAGAAAUGUUGUUCUUUCACCCUGAAACAUUUAGUUUUCGUGACUAUUGUACAAUUUAUCAACACUUUGGAUGGCUCGAUGACAAAUGUUUUAAGCGUAACACACUCAAGCGACAAAGGAGAUGUAUUCGAGGUCUUGGCAAACGAGUCGGUUUGUGCGACGAGUUGUGAAAGGUUUGGGGGUUUUCUACAAAAGAGCGAUCGUCGAGACAGCAGUAGUAGCCACAAAUGUUCUUGUUAUUGUGCUAAUUUGACAAAACCCACUUUUUAUCGGACCAAGAUAGGACAGGAAAGCUGUGUCAAAGAUAUAGAGGUUUUGGCUGACACAAACGAAGGUAAGCAUCACUGGCAUGAUCAGGCAUCCUAGCUAGAUGUAACACUUUUCACUUCAUCCGAAAUCGUUGAAAAACUGGCCGUGUGCUCAACAAGUCAGAAAAGUGCUACAAGGAGGACCUCAGCAAAUACUAAGAAUGUCAGCUAUCAAACAUAUUUUUUGCCUUUAAUCUUUUGAGAGUUAGACAAUCCGAGCCCUUAGUAUAACUGCACAUGAUUUCUCAUGAGAAAAAAAAAUACGUUAUUGUCCCGAAAGAGGUUGAGUAAUAUCAUUUAUUUAAAAUGAUGAUGCUCUUUUACAGUGGGACUUAUCUUUUAAGGAAUUUUCUUGAUAACAGGAAAAUUCCAUGAUUUUUUUUAUAAGAAAAGGAACUUGGACUAGGAAACUGGUAAUUAAUUAAGUUAGCACUUCCUUUAGUCCAUAGGGCCCCCACCCAAAAUGCAAAAAAAAAAAAAAAAAAAACUAGAACUGGAAGUUGAUUUCAUCCAAUAAAAGUAACUUUAAAAUUUAAUUUUCUACAGAGAAAUGCUACAACGCUGAGAAAUUACAAGUUUUAAAUCUUCAUACAGACGGAAAAGCGAGAAUAAAACCGGAUGGCUUCUGUGAGCAUCUACAAGUAUCUGAAUGGAAAUAUUAUUAUAAUGGUUCAUGGAUUUCGUCUUCAUAUGACACCUUCUCGUCAAACACUACAAGACACAAUGGGGCUGGAAAGAAUAUGUUACGAACAUUUCUAACGGUAGGAAGUGCAACCUAAGAGUGAUUAGCUUGUCAACGCUAGGUGCGAUAACUGAAUUAAAUGAUAAGACAUAUGGCGAUGCGCGAUUAAGGGUUGAGUUAAAAUCAAGUCAACGUCAGAUAUCUGAUAAAGAUUAGCCUGUACACAGACGUUGGUUUUUUCUUCUUUCGACUAUGUUCUCCUUACCCAGCCAACCCCAUUUCCAUACGCGCGCUCGACUAGACCUCUAAAGGGAAAUACGAGGUCUGUGGACAGGUUAGAUAGAGAUAAGAAAAGGUGAUAGAAGACAGGUCACGUGAAUACUGUCGGUAUAAAGUAUGGUUAAAUCCCCUCUCAUGAGAAUAGAUGAUGCACUCCGACCACACCCUGUAUGGAAAAAAAGCCUCAAAUAAGAUGCUAAGAGCUUUUAAAUACUAUACUACUCGCUAACAUUUGAAUUGGCAGACUUUAAGAUUUGUGAAGCAAAUAGAAUAGAAUAGAAUAGAAUAUGGCUUGGUGGCUUUCGUUUUACAUAAAUUGUUAUGCUUUGGGAUUUUACCUAAAGAUUCAGCUCCAAAGUUUCUCUUAAUCUUGUGUCUACUAAUUGACCUUGGGCAGUUAUACUGGUGUUGAGAAGGUUUCUGCUGUAGGGGAAAAUAACAUAACUGUCUUUUUCUGUGUAGUGGAAUGGACAUCUAGCACCAUUUUACAGAGGCUUGCUGAUCAAAGUAAUAGUUCGCUGCACUUAUGGCGGGAAGACAGACAACAGAUGUGUCAUGCUUAAAGCUGAAGGAACUCACGUUUGUGAGUAUUGUUUUUCUUACAGCUCUUGAAAGGGUGAUAAGAUCUCCCCUUUUUAUAUAGUUGAUAUUUUAUUUUAAAACAAGUAGAAGAAUUUCUGGUCUUGGAAACCCUGGGUAACCUAUCCUAUGCUUCGGUGUCGGACGCAGGCCGACAGUUCUUCGGACAAAGGCCGAAGUCACGAGCAGCGAAACGCGGGUCAUCAUAAAGACUUGACCGAAACAAGAAACCGCGCAUGAAAAGUCUGUGCCACUCAUUGUUUAUUGUUUAUUGUUUUGUUUGCCAAAAAAUUAUACAAAUCAAAUGAAAUCUAAUUACUUAAACUCUCAUGGCGAGGAAGCCCAAGAGAAACCACCGGGCUUAUAAGGAAUGGGCUCCCUCAGUUAGAUAAAUAGAACAAAAUAUUAUCAUAAUUACACAUGGAAAAAUCAAUGGCAGAGCUACAGUAAAUCUUAAAAUAAGUAUAUUAGAUAGUCGUACUAAUCAUAGUUCUAGGCUAACUCAGUGUAGGUCUUGGAGAAACUAGGUAAGAAUUCUUGUCCUCACGUGCUAUCUUUAUAAACUUUCACAAGGCAACCUGAUGUAUUUAAAAUCGUUCAGCAAAAAUCAGCCACUUUCUUGUGGAAUAAAAUCAACUGAGCCAAUUGACUCACUCACGUUUGAUGUAGUUGGUUACAAAGCUAUGAUGGAAUGGCGGGGUUAGAUGAUAAAAACACACAAGACGCAAAUGAAUGUUUGUAUUACAGGCACAGGAGAUCAUUCUGAAAAGAGCUGGUACAAGUAAGUCGCGCAGUCGACCUUAACUUGAUAACCUUACUUUAAUUACUACCUUCGGAUUAGUCAUACUGCUCAUGAAACCUGUAAAACGAAAACCGUACUUUUUUCAAAUGAACGUCCUUUUUUUUCAAUCAUAGAUCAUGAAGUUCCAACAUAUACGACAAUAGUCACGCCAUCCUCAGAGCCAGGCACAGGCUCUUUAGUGUCCAGGCUUGACGAAGAGCAGUUGAAUAAGGUUGUUUAAUCUGUUUCAUUUUAUUAUUUGUAUGAAUUUCUGAAAGUGCAUAUAAACCUUAGCGGUCAAGAUUCGCGUGCAAAAUGCCCUAUCGCUUCGGUUUGUAAAAGUAACGUAGAUUUUGCAAUUUUGCCCGCUCAGAGUUUUGUGACAGUUGACAGUUUCAUUAUUGGAUGUCACGUGAUACCGAAAUAGCCAAUUAGAGCGCACACUUAGGGAAGAAAUCUCCCAGCAGUUUAAUCAGGGACAGCCGGGGGGGGGGCAGUUUACCCCUUUAAUAGCCUUUACGGGGAUGCUCAGCCCGAAGGGGGCACCUUUUUCAGGCGUUUGGUACUAAUGAAAUGGUAGGGAGUUUACUCCCUGAAAUAUACAAAAGGGGAGGGAAAUCUGUCAUUCCAAUAUGUGAAAGUACCUGAAAGGGCUGACAGGCGCAUUUUAUGGCUGUGAAAAAUACGAGAAAACUUCGUGGUUUAGUAGUUUAUUCAUAUUUAGAAGACGAGGCAUUAUAUUUUAUAGCAUUUGAAAAGAAUACAGCGUUCUCAACUAUUUUGCGAAAGGGGUAUCACUUGUCAAUGAAAGGUAUACGAAUGUGUUACCUUUUCUGACAAAAAUGAUAUUGCUGAUUUUCAGUGUCACGUCUUUCAAAAUUGAUCGAAGUUAAAAUCAAAACCGUUCAAUCGAUGAAGUCCAGAAUCUGCAAGGAAAUGAAAGGAGGUAAAUAUGAAAAGAACCUCGCCAAGAUUCAGGACAGAGAGAUGUUUCAUAUACGAGAUAUCAGGAGAAAUGUUUUAUCCAAAUUUACAGAGAUUUGUAUGGAGACGCCAUGUUGGUGCCCAACCGGAUGGGCACAAUUUGGCGGCCGGAAACCAACAAAAACGUCUGUCGCCGCGCAUGUUUUGCUACAAAACGUUGAAUUUAUCUCUCGAAGAACUCAUAAAACAUCAAAGUAAUAUUCUUUUAAUACAUGAAUUGUUCGGAUAGCAAAAUUAAUACGUCACUUUCUUAACCUACAUGACAGCUCUUUUUGCGUCACGCAAUAGACUAGAAAUUCAAGCGCAUUCUAUCACAAAACCAAGAACCCUUUCAGAGCGAAAAUUUGUAUAAAUAUUAGUUGAUAGUUUGUAGUUUGAAUUUUAGUGGCUUCAUGCGAAAACCAAGAAUAUGAAAGGUUAAGGAUUGAACUUGGGGCGGAGCCUCCCCGUAUAAAAUUUCACUGAGUACCCCGUCCCUCCCCCGGGGAUACAGUCUUUAAAGUUAAAUACCAUAAUAUCAAGCAUACGUUGGAGAAAGCUUGAUAUUUACUUUCUCUUUGUUCACAGACAACACGAGGCUCUGUGACAGUAUCAGUACGUUACACCUCACUUCCAACAGAAGAUUACUCUAAAGGAAGUAGCAGGGAAAUAUGGGUUAUUACAUGCCUUGGUCUGUCAGCUCUCCUCCUUAUUAUUGGUAGCGUCAUUUCUGGAUUCAUAGUCGUGAAAUGUCGACGCAAUUGUCGCAAACCUGAAAGAACAGGUAGGUAAUUAAACUUUAGAUCUUAGGUGUUAACCCUAAGGUUAAGAUUUUUCCCUUAACAAGCUACAAUCAGAGACAAAAGUAGUUGCUACACUCGUCUAAAACGCGCGCUUUUAUCGCUGACAAUUUCAUCCAUUUUAUCAUACGUGAUUGCGUAAUUCUGUUAAAAUGCCGUAAAUCCCCCACCCCUGAAUCAAUGUUGUUUGUGGUUGAAUGAAGACUUGAGGCUUUAAAUUACAAUAUUGUUUUGGGGGUGAGUGGGUUGAGGUACAAAAGAUGAUGGAAUAGAUUUGUCCACUAUGCAAACAGGGGCCAUUUUAUGGAAGUCUCCAACACUUUUGCUCCUUAUUAUAGCGAAAGCAAUAUGUUCAUACCAUUGGCUUAUUAAAUAAACUAGUUUGAUUAUUCAUCAUCAGGGCGUUGUCAAGUUUCAUAAGCAUGCUAAUGUUUUUAGAAUAGGUAGUGGUGUAACACCUACAUUAAUUUCCCCCUUAAAGCUCUAAGGUUUCUUUGAUUCAUUUUAGUAUCUCGCCGCCCUCUUCGAGUUUCUUCUGAACAUGCGCAGCACACGUCAGAGGAGAAUGCGGCCAUGCAUGAUUACGAGUAUGUUCACUAUCCCUGUCUUGUUGACAGAGGCAGCACUCUUUCUAAGGGUAAGUCAAAUAUUACCAUGAACUACACAGCUAUUAAAACACAUGUUAUUCAAUUUGACAAGGCUGUUAACGGCUUAGGAAUAAUGGUAAAAAACAUAUCAUAAAAAUGGUCUUUAAUAUGAGCUUGUAGCUGCAAGUAGGUUGGACCAAAACAGGCCAUUUGUUCCUGUGGUUGCAUACAUGCUAGGAAGAUAAGUAGAUAAAAGCGUUCUCGAGUGUUAAACAAUGGAGAUGUUCAUUUUUUCUUUGUUUUUCUUUGUUGUUUAUUUGUGUCUUGCUUGUUUUUGUUGUUAUUGUUUGUUUUUUUUUGGGGGGGGGGUUGCAAGCAGGUGUUAUAGAGUGGGACUUAUGUUGAUCAUGUCUUUGCUAGCCUGUUGCGCUGUAUUUACAAAUAUAGCAUUCGUUUGCAAGUUAUUUUACAAUAUAAAUUUUUACCAUCCCUUUAGAUAAGCGCAGGUGCGAAAGAAGCGAAGACAAUAAGCUUGUUAUAUGGUCAAAGAACAGCAGUGGUAACCCCACUCAAACCAACCAAUCGACACAAGCAACUCCACCUCGCCUGCCUUAUCAGCGACUGCUUACAAGAGUGACAUCCACACCGCCACCUGAAGGUGAUGUAAGCGCACCAAUCGCCUCACCAACUGUGGGACUAGGGGAGGAGUUUCCAUAUCAGAAGCUUAUAAAGACGGUGGCCUCUACUGAAAGUAGCGGACAGCAGGGGAAUGACAAUGAAGAGAAGCCUGAAGCAGAUGUCUCAUUGUAUGAUAAAACAUCUCAAAAACAAUACCAGUCUUUAUCCCUGAAAAGAAAUCCAACGGUAAGAAUUUUUUUAACCCUUGAAAGGUUUUUCAUUAUUAUUAUUAUUUUUUUUUUGGUCGACCUAUGUAAGGAGGGAAGUUUUGCUUGUGAAGUACGGUAUCCUGGACUUUUAAAUCCGGAAUUCCGCUCAAGUAAUCCGGAAUCCAGGUUUCAGUGAGAAGGAAUCGGGAAUCCAUUAACUGGAAUCCAAAAUUCACAAAAUGGAAUCCAGAAUCCAAGACUGUCUUGGAUUAAGGUGAUGUUACACGAGACGAUUCGCAACUACGAUUUUUAGCGCAACACCGCGUUGCAACAUUGUUGCGACAUAGUUUCGAAUGGUUACAGCAUUUUUCCGACAUUGCAACGCUGCGUUGCACCAAAAAUAGUCGUCGCAAGUCAUCUCGUGGAACCUUUAGUUCACAUGGGGCGUGUUGGAGACUUCGGGUGAGCGUUUAAAGCGUGCUAAUAAAAUAAUUGGAAUGAAAGCUGCAUCGAAGCCUAACUUCUUACUUGUUUACCGUCAGCUGCACGCUUCAAGAAUUCAUCUCGACACGGCUAGGUUUUAACAUUCUUUGUUGAAAAUUUGUUUACGGCAUCUUUUUAUCGGUAAUUGAUGAACUUUUUCUAGCAGUGACAGGUUGAUCUCUGGUUUCAAAAGAGUGGCGAGCGAAGGGGCCACAAGAAAGAAAAAAAAUCAAUUUUCAUAACGUUCUAAUAAUUGGAAGGUUCAGGAAACUAUUAUUUUACAGGGCGGCGUGCGUACAGAAAGCUCUGACCAUUUGCCUAGGGAGUCCAGUUGAGUUCUUCUGUCCUUUCCCAAGUUAAAUCUCCCGACGGCAAAAGAGUCAGGGACGAAGGAAAUUUAGUUGACGGCGUUUCUUGUAGAAUUGUUACGUUAAGUUCUAGAGAUCAAGUAGGAAACGACCGCACUAGAAAUAUCACACCGUAUUGAAGGAUUUGCAUGAAAAAGAAUUAGCUUGCAUUUGGGUAAUAAAUUCACUAAUGAGAACAUUAAUUUUCUUUCUCCACAGUCUUGUCCUAAGGAAAGUGACACAGGAUAUAUGCUGAUGGAAGGAGCUUCUCCUCCCGAAAGAAUUUAUGAGUAUGACUACACGGAACCUUUGCAACCCAACACACUAUUCCGAAUCUCUCACGGUGACACCGAGCAGGUUAUCGUUCAGGUCUCUAUUGGCGACCUCAGUGAUGUUGCCUUAAGUGAACAUCAGUUGCAACAACAACAAAGACAACCAUAUGACCAAGUCAUAACAUCUUUAGCUAAUACUGAUGAAAAUUACGAAGACAUAGAAAACAUGAAUGUAAAGAACAGUUUACCCACUGAGGGAAACGAUGUUGGACACGGCGGUUCAGAGUAUAAAUCUCUGUCUGCUGGAUGUUAUGAAAACUUAUCAGGAGAGAACGAGGGACAUUUGUCGGGGAGAAGAACCGAUCCCGAGGAAUAUGUUGAGAUGGGAGAAAGAAGAAGCGUACUGGUUUCAGAUUAUGCAGAUCAAUCUGGUUGCAGUGGUUUUCCAAACAUUGAUGAAGAAGGACCUGAAUACCAUGUCUUGGAGGAGCUGGAAACGAGUGAAAGUAAGUCUUUUGAACUGAUUUUUUUUUAG